AUGGAUUUUUCAAGUGAUCCAUCGGAAGAGAACAAGCUUGAUAAUGAUUUUCGGCGAAUUUUAUAUGUUAUCAAGCAAUAUAUAGAAUAUAUAAAUUCAAAUCACCAAUUGUCACUGUAUCGCUCGUGGUUGGAAAAAUUAAGUACGGCCAGCGCUGAAAAAAUGGAACGAAAUAUGUAUCUGUUUGAACUGGCAAGGCAGAUUAAGAGUAAAAAAUUGUUACCACCUUUCAAUCGUCAUCCACCACCGGGACCUUUAAAGAACUUACCCAAAAUCAACCGUUUUCGACCAGCGGAUCUGGAGAACUCAGUUCACGAUAACGAACAAAGCAAUGAGGAGCAAACAAAUUUGCUCCAUCCCGAGCAUACCACUCCUGUCAAAGACUUCUCGGAACAAGGCUAUUCCAACCCUCUGCAGCAAUUUAUAGAUCAAAAUCAAAGAAAUAUUCAGUUAUCUUCUCCCCUGCAAAGUCCUUAUGGACAUCAGGACGACUACCUGCAAACCAUAUUUACGCAACCGUCUGAGUGCUACUAUCAUCCUUGCUACGUAGAAGAUGGAAGCGAAACACCCGUAGAAACAGUCAGAUCGCCUACGAAAACUAAAAAACGAAAGUCGAAGAGCGCGAGAAGUCUUCAAAAGCCAUCAGUAGUAGAUAAUAUAUCAAGAGGUGUUACAGAGGAAUAUGAGAAGCAUGCUGUAAAAGCGUUAAUAAAUUUAAAUCCGCAGAAAAUAUGUGCAGAAAAGGAGUCAACGGUGGAGAAAGAGCCCUCUGUUAAGGAUGAUAGUUCUUGGUGCGAUUUGUCGGAUACCAGUCAAACAUCAAUCAGUAUGAUGGCAUCGGGAGAUAAUGAGAAAAGUCCUCCGAAGGUUCAAGAAAAAGUCAAACAGUUUAAUGGAAUCUUAAAGAUGUUAGAUCAGCCGCAAAUUCCGUACGGAAAUAAAGGAUCACCUCAAAACUUGUAUAAGAAAAACAAAUACAGUUUAUCCGAUGAAGCAGAGAAAAUUAGUCGCAAAAUACAGAACUUAAACGAGGCCAAGGUAAGUCUAAAGGACACAAAUUUUAUAUCAUCAGACUGGAAGAAAACUAUAGAGGGUCUGCAGUUGAGGCUAACCGAAACUCUAAACCAAAACAAUGAGUUAAAGUCGAUCAUUAACUCCCUUCAACUGAAACUGAAAAAUGAGUCGCUUAAAAAUAAGGAACAAAACGAUUGUAACCAAAAGAAAACAGAAUUGCGAAAAAGGGAAAUAGAUGCAUUGCAGCAAAUUCAAGCAGAUAACGUUAAAAAAUUGGAAAAGACUUUUCACGCAAAACUUGAUGAGGCAGAGAGAAGUUAUCAGCAGAAAAUAGAAAAAUUUAAAACUAAUUACGAAACGAAAAUUAGAGAAUUACAUGCCAAGAAUGACCACUCGAAGAAAGACAAGGAUUUCGAAAUGUGUCGUUUAUCUGAAGUUAUUCAGCAGCACUUAGUUAAAAGUAUUAAAAGUAGUAAAAAAGUAGUAAAAAGUAUUUGCUGUAAUGUAUACGGCCUCCGAAGAGUACCGGUACGUCAAGCUUUUAGAAGCUUGAAAAUAUUGCAGAGUGAAAGCUAUGUAUCAGAGCGUUGCUCUCGAAUGUCGAAAGAAAUAUCUGCAUUACGCAUUCAAAUCGAAAACGCGUUUUCUAACCAUAACAACGACGACAAAAUCAUCGUUCUGCAAAAAUGUGUUUCGAAAAUGGAUAAACUGUUUCAAAGGUCCGAAAAGGAAUACCAAAAACAAAUUGACAAGUUAAAACAAGAAUUGGAUUUGAAGGACAAAGUCAUGCAGAUUCAGUUGAAGACGCAGCGUGCAGAAUUAAUAGCCCGAAGUAGUGUUGAAAAACAAAAGCAAUUUGAUGAAGUUAUCAAUAAUUUGGAGAUUAAAUACAUAAAAAUGUUGGAAUUCCAUGAGAGUCAAGUCAACCAAACCAAAGGGCAAGACGAAAAGAGAAUUGAACAGUUAAAACAUUUGUUAGAUAAAAAUAACAUCCCUUAUGAUGUCUUGUGA